AUUUAGGAGAAGAAAUAUGCCAUUCUAUAUCUUCCUUUAUACUAUUAUUUUCAUAUUCAUCGUCAGCUAUAUCUGUUUCAGUAAGAUUAAUAAUAAAACAUUCAGCAGUUUCUUCUUCGAUCACGGGUUCUGGUGUUGGUUCUUCCAUUUCUAAUUCCUCAACGGUUAUUUUGG